CGCUCCCAGCCCCUGGGAGACGCCCAGCCUCUCCUCCCACGAGUCCCAGAGCCCAGGGUUUAAGGCAUCAGUGGGAGGGACGUGGGGAGAUGAGCCAGUGGAGGUGGCCAUGGGCAGCUGUUUACAUAAGGGAGAGCCUGCUUUUUCUGAAUACAAGUUAGGGCUUUCCUGUCCCAGGAUGUUUUCUGACAUUACGUACAUCUCUGCCCUGAACCGAUGUUCCCUAGCUCCCCAAAACCUUCCUACAUUAAGAAGUGCUCUGGGACUUUUCCCAGCUAAAAUCUUCACUCUAGAAAGGAUUGGUUGCUAGGUAUUCAGAAUACUGGUGUUUCCUAAGUGAGGGGGACAAAAGGUGGUAUUUGAGGUGGCUUAGGGAAGAGGACCACUUGUAAGGGAGGUGGAAAGGGGACCGGUGACGCUGCCUCCACUGUCGCCCUGGUAAUGUUCUUUUAUUUUGAUAUUUGUAUUCUCUUCUGUGUUUUUUAUGCUCAACUGAAUGAAUAUGUGCAAUUUGCGCUGCCUUUCUCUGCCUUUGUGUUUAUGUAUGUGUUUGUUUAUGUGUUUUUGUCUGCGUUUAUGUGUGUCCCUCUGCGAACAAAGACAUGGGGGGUCAGAAACCUGACCAUCCCUUUCCCUUCUCUCUCUUGGUCCCUCCCAAACCCUGCUGCAGCCACAGAACAACAGGCCUUCCAGCCCUGGCCCGAGCGGCUUAACAGCAGCGUGGAGGAGCUGCUACAAUCCUCCCAGUCCCUGGGCGGCCAGGAUCAAGGGCAGGAGCGGGAGGGACAAGAGGAGGAGUGGGAGGAAGGACAGGGCACAAAGCAGGCGCUGGAGGUGACGUCUGGGUUGCAGGCAGACCUGGAGCCCAAGACCCAGUCUGAAUUUGUAACUUCCAACCCUUUCUCCUUCACUCCCCGGGUGCGGGAAGUGGAGUCUACUCCCAUGACGAUGGAGAACAUCCAAGAGGUCAUCCGAUCCGUGCAGGAAAUGGAUGAAAUGAAUGAAAUGAAUGAUGUAUAUGAGGAGAAUAUCUGGAAAGCCCAGAGCCCCGGCAGUCUCCUGCAGCUGCCUCACGUGGAGGCCUUGCUGGCACUGUGCUACUCGAUUGUGGAGAACACCUGUGUCAUAACCCCUACAGCCAAGGCCUGGCAGCACUUGGAGGAUGAGAUCCUCGGUUUCGGGAAGUCGGUCUGUGACAGCCUUGGGCGGCGCCACGUGGCUACAUGUGCCCUCUGUGAGUUCUGCUCCCUCAAGCUGGAGCAGUGCCGCUCGGAGGCCAGCCUGCAGCGGCAGCAGUGUGACAGCUCCCACAAGACGCCCUUCGUCAGCCCCCUGCUCGCGUCCCAGAGCAUGUCCGUCGGCACCCAGGUAGGGACCCUAAAAUCGGGCCGCUUUUACGCGCUGGAUUUGUACGGCGGGCUGCGCAUGGACUUCUGGUGUGCCCGGCUGGCCACCAAGGGCUGCGAAGACAAUCGAGUCGCCAGCUGGCUCCAGACCGAGUUCCUCAGCUUCCAGGAUGGGGACUUCCCCACCAAGAUUUGUGACACAGAAUACGUGCAGUACCCGAACUAUUGUGCCUUCAAAAGCCAGCAGUGCAUGAUGAGAAACCGGAACCGGAAGCUGGACCACGUGCGCCCAAUCCCCGUGCAGGUGUCCCGCAUGAGAUGUCUGCAGAAUGAGACGUACACCGUCCUGACCCCGGCCAAGAGCGAGGACCUCGUGCUUCGAUGGAGCCAGGAGUUUAGCACCUUGACUCUCGGCCAAGCCGGCUGAGCUGGACUCUGCCCUCUCCCCACCCACUUUCCACACCCUCCAUUGCUCUCAGACCCCGGGUUGUCUCUUACUUGGCCCAGACUCAACGUUUCCCUCGGGUUGGGGCAGCCGUCCCGGAGAGGUCUGCGAUGGGAGCUCCACCUACCUUAAAGGAUGUCUUUACAUAAAAUCUUUAUUUUCAA